GUGAGAAUUCAUUCAGUGAACAACUGUGCUUCAGCCAAGCAACUAAAGAACUCUCUCAGUUUCUCCAAGUUCAACAAUAAUUCAAAUCCAUCAAGAUGCGUCUGGGUCAGACUAUCCCCAACUUCACCGCCGACACCACCAAGGGCCCGAUCAAGUUCCACGAAUGGCAGGGCAAAUCGUGGGUUGUGCUCUUCUCUCACCCCGCUGACUUUACGCCAGUGUGCACCACAGAACUGGGGAGGAUUGCGGUGCAUCAGCCGGAGUUCGCCAAGCGGAAUACGAAGUGCUUGGCGCACUCGGUGGAUGCUUUGAACUCGCAUGUGGACUGGGUGAAUGACAUCAAGUCGUAUUGCCUGGACAUUCCCGGCGAUUUCCCAUAUCCCAUCAUUGCCGAUCCCACACGCGACUUGGCCGUAUCCCUGGGCAUGCUCGACGAGGAGCAGAAGAAGGAUCCCGAGGUGGGCAAGACAAUUCGCGCUCUCUUCAUCAUCAGCCCCGAUCACAAGGUGCGCCUCUCCAUGUUCUACCCCAUGUCCACUGGCCGCAAUGUCGAUGAAAUCCUCCGAGUAAUUGACUCCCUGCAGCUGGUUGAUCGUGUCAAGGUGAUUGCUACGCCCGCCAACUGGACUCCUGGUACUAAGGUCAUGAUUCUGCCCACUGUUAGCGACGAUGAGGCCAACAAGCUGUUCCCCAAGGGCUUUGACAAGGUCUCGAUGCCUUCUGGUGUGAACUAUGUGCGCACCACGGAGAACUAUUAACAAUACUCGAUUGCAUACAAAAUAUAACUUUUUCAUAACUGAUUAGAAUUAAGAAAACCCCAAAUAUUCGAAUGUUCCUUAAUAAAAAUAAACUUUAAUUUUCC